CAGCACUCAGUCACUCGCCACCAACCUGCCUGCUACGCAGCAGCGGAAAAUGCGAAGCGAAGCCGAGGCGAAUUCAGUUCAGUCAUACAGUAGUAGCAAGCGAUAGAGCCGAUCCCGCAGCAGUAGGAGCAGGAGAAGGAAAGGAGGUGCCAGACGGGAAAGUCUUCGGGAAGGAGAUAAACAGUAGAAAAGGAAAAGAAAGGCAGCAAGGCCCGGACAAGGAGGAAGACUCGGGAGACGACUGGAGAGAAAAGAGGGGAAGAAAAAGGGGCCCAAGGGGACAAAUUCUGGACUGAACGGAAGGAAGGCAGAAGAGAGUCGAGGCUUGCGCACGAGAGCUCGCUCACAGACACAGAGAAAGAGAGAGAGUCUCUCUCUGUGUGUGUUUGAGAGUACAGAGGUGAAAAGGAGACGGGAAAGUGAAGAGAGAGAAGAUGAUGGCACGUCUUGCAAUGGAAGGAGGAGAUGGUAGUACGUAAGGGGGAGAUGUGCUGUAGGGUCGCUGGAGUCGAGGCAGAGGGCGGGGGAAGGUACAAGAGGAAGGAAGGGCUACGGAAGGGAAAGACGGGAGAGAUGAUGAUGACGAUGGUGGAGAAGGGGAAUGGGGUGGGGCUGGGAGGAGGAGUGAGAGCGAGGAGCGGAGAAAUUGAGAAAUUGGAGAGCGCGGUGCGAAGCGGAGGUGCGGUGGUGUGUCGAGGAGCUGCAGGUGGAGGAGAGGCGGGGCGACGGGUCGAGGUGGCGCUGUUGAGAUGGUGAGCGCGGAGGUUCAAUUUAGGGAGGCGGGGCGGAAGGGAGGAGGAGGAGGAGGAGGAGGUGACGACGACGACGACGCGAGGCUAGGAGAGCUGUGGGAUGGAGCAGCUGGUAGAUAAGGGUUUCUCUCGCGAGCUUGCGUCUCAGGCAUUGGCAGCCACAGGUGCAAAAUCGACCCUGAAAGCUACGGAAUGGAUUCUCAACCAGAGGCGCGUCGAUCAAUCAAAAGCUGCUGCCAAUGCCCCGCGCCAACAGGCCAAGAUGGACCAUUAUUUCCAAGGAAAUGCCGGAGCUCGAGCAGCCGCUGGCUCAUCAGGCCCUCAGGCUGAUGGCAGCCCCGCCGAGGGUGGUUCUCCCGAAGCUCCCCACCCGCAGCAGCAGCAGCAACAACAAGACGACGAUGCCGUGGGCCUCGCGGCCCCUGGAGACCGCGAACGAGAGCGAUGGGCAAUGGGAGGAGCUGCGGCUGCAGCAGCAGACCGAGGUGAUAGAGCGGGCACUGGCUUCGACGCGAGCACACCGAAGGUCUGGAGAAAUCUAAAUUCCCCAGCGAUUGACAAACAGGCUAGGGCAGAGCAGGAAGAUAUCGGCUCCUCUGCAUAUGCAGGAGGUGGUGGUGGCGCAGGCGGAGGAGGGGGUGGAGACCGUGGUGGUGGUGCAGGAGGCAGGGCUGCAGAGCAACCUCGAACUUACGUCGCCAGAGGAAGCUUGGUGCCUGCCCCCGUCGCUGGCAGGGCCGAGGGAACAGGGCAGUCCGCGAACAUACCCCAGGGCAUGUACAAACACGCGAUGGCGGCAGGAGCAAUUCAAGACGGAGCGGCCUCGGGGACCAAGAGGCAGAGGUCGGACGAGGUGGAGAAGCCGGGCAAGAGGGCCGCUGCGCCCCCUCUCUUCUUCUCGCCGAAGCCCGCCCAAUCGGCCGCGCUAAAGCUGCAGAAGGUCGAGAAAGCCAAGCAGGCGCAGGCGGCAGCAGCGGGAUCUGGGACCGGGAAGAGCGGGAGUUUGGCUCCUCUGGCCGAGAGGAUGAGACCGGCGACGAUCGACGAGGUGGUCGGACAGGAUCACUUGCUCGCUCCGAGGCAGAUGCUGCGGGCGCUGCUGGAGAAUGACACGAUUCCGUCGAUCAUUUUAUGGGGUCCCCCUGGCACGGGCAAAACGUCCCUGGCCCGAGCAAUUGCGCGCACCGUGCCCGACAUCCGAUUCGUGGGGCUGUCCGCUGUAAAUAUUGGUGCGAAAGAGGUGAAGGGAGUGUUAGACGAGGCGGCGAAGCGAAAGAAGAGGAACGGCUGCAGGACGCUGCUCUUCUUGGACGAGGUGCAUAGAUUCAACAAGGCUCAGCAGGAUUUAUUCCUCCCUUCUGUGGAGGCGGGGCACAUUAUUUUUAUAGGGGCGACCACCGAAAACCCCUCCUUCGAGAUCAAUGCUGCGCUUCUGUCCCGGUGUUGUACUCUGACUCUGAAUAAGCUCCAACCCGAGCACCUGAGAAAAGUUUUGGAACGUGCAAUUUCCGACCGCGAGCGAGGACUAUACGCUUCUUUGCCAGAGAGUGCCUCGGGGGGAGGCGAAAUCGUGGUCAAGGUCGAGGAAGAAGCCAUCAAUUUUCUAGCGGGGGCAGCCGAUGGAGACGCGAGAGUCGCUUUGAAUGCCAUUGAGGUCGCCACCACAGCCGCCUUCUCCGAGGCCAAACAACAAAGAAAAGGUCAACAUGCUGCAGACGCCUGCAACUCUGCUGCAGUUCCAGUAAAUCGAAAUCUUGGGCUCGACCGGGAUCGAUUAGGCGGGAGUGGAUCGGGGCCCAAGAAGGAAUCUGCCGGUCCUUCUGUAUUUGGGAACGAGAGAGAUAGACCUGUGGCGGGAUUUGGCAUAAAACGUUUCGAGGCAUUGAUAGAAAGCGCAAAAGACCCUCACGCGCUGGAAGGCUAUACGAAACCCUUCAAGAAAUUCGUGGGCGGCAAACAAAUCAUCCCGGUUCUCAACCCGUCUAGAUUCGAAAGGGACGUGUCGGUAAGUAGCUGUGAUGUCGACAAGGAUGGAAAUCCGAGCGUGAGGGACAGCAGAGAUCCUGCUCUUUGUACAGAGGCGGCAGACAGGAAGGGAGGUAACCCAGAUGCGAUUGUUCCGGACGGCGAACACUUGGAGAAGGUUGGAGCACUGGUGGCUACCGUGACCCUGCACCAGGUUCGAGAUGCCUUGCAAAGAUCGCACAUUCUAUAUGACAAGAACGGUGAGGAACACUACAAUAUUAUCAGUGCUUUACACAAAUCUAUGAGGGGGAAUGACGCCGACGCAGCCAUAUACUGGUUAGCUAGGAUGCUGGAGGGCGGUGAAGGGCCGCUUUAUGUCGCUCGGCGGCUUGUCAGGUUUGCGAGCGAAGACGUGGGCUUGGCCGAUCCCCAGGCCUUGGGAAUCGCAGUUGCAUGUUACCAAGCCUGCCACUUUUUAGGUAUGCCAGAAUGCAACGUGAACCUGGCCCAGUGUGUGGUUUAUCUUGCUCUAGCUCGCAAGUCCGUUGUGGCGUAUCAAGCCAUAGAAGCAGCGCAGAAGCUAGUCAGGGAGUCUCAUCUCAACGAACCGGUUCCACUGCAUCUUCGCAAUGCUCCAACGAGGCUUAUGAAAGAAAUGGGUUACGGAAAGGGUUACAUCUAUCCACCAGGCCAGUCCGGACGGGUGGAGCAAGAGUACAUGCCGCCUUCUCUACAAGGACAUAAGUUCCUACAUUGGCAGGAUUUGUGACACUCCUGGCGUACUGAAGACGCUUUUGCAACAGCUCCUUGACAAUCGGUUGUUUCAGUCAUCAGUCUUUUAUUGUACAUCAUAGAUGUACGUCAUGGAUCAUUCUCUGAACACUUGCAGCUGAUGGAAGCUUGAGGAGCUUCCCGGUGCUCGCUCGUGGGUUUUGACACAGUACCGGCUGGGCUGAGAGUUUGUGUAUGUAUAGCAGGUUUGAGACCCGUCGGUUGUCUAAGGAAGGAAACAAGGGCUGUAAUUGCGAUGUUAAAUUUUGUAGUUAGUUUCAGAGUUCAUUACAACUCUGAUUUCUGUUGUACAGGGAAGUCUGGGAUGAAACUCUUUGUAUCCAUAACAAAGAGCAUUGUGACGAUACUCAUCUAAAGGAUAAGUUUUUUCUGAGAGAUUCUUAUUAUCAUGAACGCAGGAGUGAGAUUCUUAUCCACAUGUGCGAAUGUUUCACAUGACCUCGUCUAAGAUUGAUGUGUGUUGUACGGAGUGGUCGAUCAAGUGGGUCCAUCUGGGCGGCAUUGCACCUUGAU